UACGGGUUUGUGAACCACGCCCUGGAGCUGCUGGUGAUCCGCAACUACGGCCCCGAGGUGUGGGAGGACAUCAAAAAAGAGGCCCAGUUAGAUGAAGAAGGACAGUUUCUGGUCCGAAUAAUAUACGAUGAUUCCAAAACUUACGAUUUGGUUGCUGCUGCAAGCAAGGUUCUCAACCUCAAUGCUGGAGAAAUCCUUCAAAUGUUUGGGAAGAUGUUUUUUGUGUUUUGUCAAGAAUCUGGUUAUGACACCAUCUUACGUGUCCUGGGAUCUAACGUCAGAGAAUUUCUCCAGAACCUGGAUGCCCUGCACGACCACCUGGCUACCAUCUACCCGGGCAUGCGUGCCCCUUCCUUUCGGUGCACCGAUGCGGACAAGGGCAAAGGACUCAUUCUGCACUACUACUCCGAGAGAGAGGGGCUGCAGGACAUCGUCAUUGGAAUCAUCAAAACAGUUGCUCAGCAAAUCCACGGCACAGAAAUAGACAUGAAGGUCAUUCAGCAAAGAAAUGAAGAGUGCGAUCAUACUCAAUUUUUAAUUGAAGAGAAAGAGUCAAAAGAAGAGGAUUUUUAUGAAGAUCUCGACAGGUUUGAAGAAAAUGGUACCCAGGAAUCACGCAUCAGCCCCUACACCUUCUGCAAAGCUUUUCCUUUCCACAUAAUAUUUGACCGAGACCUCGUGGUCACGCAGUGCGGCAACGCCAUCUACAGAGUGCUGCCCCAGCUCCAGCCCGGCAACUGCAGCCUCCUGUCUGUCUUCUCUCUGGUUCGCCCCCACAUCGAUAUCAGUUUCCAUGGGAUCCUUUCACACAUCAACACUGUGUUCGUCUUGAGAAGCAAGGAAGGACUGUUGGACGUAGAGAAACUAGAAUGCGAGGAUGAGCUGACAGGGACGGAGAUCAGCUGCUUACGCCUCAAGGGCCAAAUGAUCUACUUACCCGAAGCAGAUAGCCUUCUGUUUCUGUGUUCGCCAAGCGUGAUGAACCUCGACGAUCUGACCCGGAGGGGUCUGUAUCUGAGCGACAUCCCUCUGCACGACGCAACCCGUGACCUGGUCCUUCUGGGAGAGCAGUUCAGGGAGGAAUACAAACUCACACAGGAGCUGGAGAUCCUCACAGACAGGCUGCAGCUCACGCUCAGAGCUUUGGAAGAUGAAAAGAAAAAGACAGACACACUCUUGUACUCUGUCCUCCCCCCAUCUGUUGCCAACGAGCUGAGACAUAAGCGUCCAGUGCCUGCCAAAAGAUACGACAACGUGACGAUCCUCUUCAGCGGCAUCGUGGGCUUCAAUGCUUUCUGCAGCAAGCACGCAUCCGGAGAAGGCGCCAUGAAGAUUGUAAACCUUCUCAACGACCUGUACACCAGGUUUGACACGCUGACUGAUUCUCGCAAGAACCCGUUUGUUUAUAAGGUGGAGACCGUUGGGGACAAGUACAUGACCGUGAGCGGCCUACCAGAGCCGUGCGGCCACCACGCACGGUCCAUCUGCCACCUGGCCUUGGACAUGAUGGAAAUUGCCGGCCAAGUGCAAGUCGAUGGAGAAUCUGUGCAGAUAACAAUAGGAAUCCAUACAGGGGAGGUGGUGACAGGUGUCAUCGGACAGCGGAUGCCUCGCUAUUGUCUCUUUGGAAACACUGUCAACCUUACCAGCAGAACAGAAACCACAGGAGAAAAGGGGAAAAUAAAUGUUUCUGAAUACACAUACAGAUGUCUUAUGUCUCCAGAGAACUCAGAUCCACAGUUCCAUCUGGAGCACAGAGGCCCAGUGUCCAUGAAGGGCAAAAAAGAACCAAUGCAAGUUUGGUUCCUCUCCAGAAAAAACGCAGGAACAGAGGAAACGGGCCAGGAGGAUAACUGAAUCCAAUUGCCGACUAGGGUUUCUGCCUGGUGUCUCCUGACCCAUGCUGAGCUGAGGAGCAAUUCCGCCCCUGCAUACAGACGUCGCUGUCCUCUUCCGUUAUCCAAGCUUUUCUCCUAGAUGGAUCUUGUGCUGUCUGUUAUUUAACACUAGCUCUGCUUUUGAGUAUUUCUGUGGUUUUAGUAUAUUAUCAGAAGUUUGGCUUCUAAUGUGAGUAUUGUGAACUUCUGUGUCUUCAAGUCCACUAUGAACUUUAUCUAAACUGGUGAUCUGCCCGUAGUAGCCACCCAAUAAAUAUUUGUUGAAUUAAUUAAAAUAUUUGUUGAAUUAAAUGAAACUGAACAGUAUUUGGCACUAAAUAUAUGCAUAUAUAUAUAUGGUUUACCAAAUCUGCUUAAUGCUCCAUAUAUAUAUGCAUGUAUGUAUAUUUUAAUGACUAUAACGUAGAACAAAGUUUAUAUCAUGUUGGUGUAUAUUGUUGUAGAAAUCAUUUUCUAAAGGAUGAAUUCUAAGUUUUAGGGAAAUGCAAUUUAUUUUGAAAUGUCUGAAGAAUUAUUAUACCAUGCUAAGAAAAGAGUGACUAUUUUGAAGUAUGCUAACUUUCCUUUGGGAAUAUAGAAUGUACAUUCUUGUUAUUAAAGCGUUUGGUUGCUGAUUCAAAUCGCUCGGCAGUUGCAGUUUCUCUCACAAACUACCAUUUGUACCGCCUCCCUUGUGCUCAUCACAGUAGCUGCGUGCAGCUAUUACAGAACGAUGUGCUGUUUUGCAGUAAGCUAUUGAAUUAGCUUGGGCUACCUGAUAGAGCCCCUAAUCAUAUCCAAGAAUAAGGCUGGAAAUACAUUGUCCCAUACUGCAUCUAGAGCCAUUCUUCCUGGCUUUCCUUCCUAGAAAUUAGCCUCCUCUUCCUAGCUUAGGAAAAUGUGAUUUUUAUCCAAGCAUCACACUCAGAAAGUAGUUUAAUUUCAGUGCAGAAUGCAUUCCUAUUGGAAUAAUUGGCCUGUUCUAAAACUGUCUCUGGUAAUUUAUUGAUACCUAUCUUUAUACAAUAUAGUGCAGAUACCUUUGUGUAAAAAUGCAUCUCUUUAAAUUUAGUAUUUCAUAUCAAUAUAUCAAUAUAUGUAUAAAUGUUCCAUGUUAAUGUGUAAAAGAAUCUGCAAUAAAUUAUUUUUUUCACUUGUC